AUGAGCUCAAAAGAAAUAUAUUGGACCUUUACAAUUGCAGCCACUUUUGAAUGCUUGCCGUCUUCCCGAAGGUGCUUUUCUUUGAUGCGUCACUUGCGGGGUUCUGCGAACUAUUCUCGCGACCAUAGAGCACCUGCCCGUUCGUGCUUCCUCUCUCAACCAAGAGGCCCUACAACCAGACAUUUUGGUGUUUGGUAUCCCAGUUCUGCAGUUAGUCAACCACUGGGAAUAGGACAAGAUGUGCGCACGGUUACUUCGUUUUCUCAUGCACCUCGCCUGCCUUCCAGUCAUUUGCCAUUACUGACACAUCUAACUUUACGUUCACAGCAUUCAAAUCGCAUUCGAGCCAAAGGUCAACAGUCUUAUACUCGAACUCGUUUCUUACGCAACAGAAAGCAGAGCGUUUCAACGACAAAGAGCAUCUUAAAUCCAAGUGACCCUUUGAAUUUGCAGGACUUAAUGAAAGAGACAGAACGUAGACGAGUUGAGGGCUUAUCACCGCUACGUGGGGACUCACGCAUGAAUACCCCAGCAGUUAGUGUUGCAGGUGAUGUUGACUAUGGCAGUCCACAAAAUCAUGGUGUGGUGACGUCAGUUACAUCAAAGGACUCAGGAUCACUCAACUUUAAUACACGUAAAUCGGAAUGUAUAACAAAACGACAUGUUCAUCGCCUGGUACGCAGGCGUCCUAUCCGCAGCUCAAAGUUUUACACUGUUAGUCAUCGUACAAGGGUUUUAUCCCCAUAA